UGGGUCGGCGCCGGGGGGCGCGGCCCGCGGAGGGGCGGCGGGAGCGGCGUCACCGUGUCGGGACGGGAGCGCCCGGCGGGGCUCUGGGGGCCCGCGGGCACCGGUGGGGUCUGGCGGGCCGCCCCGGGUGAGAGCGCCAGCGCGGGCAGGCGAUGCGGAAGGAGCUGGCUUGGAGUUAUCCCAGCGUCCCCGUGCCCAAGGAGCAGACGGGGAGGCGGUGUGCUUCUCUCUCUGUUUGCCAGGGCGAGGAGGCGAUUUAUAAACGCGUUACAUACAGCCAAGGGAUUGAAUUAGCCUGCCAAAAAGAAAGAGAGUUUGUGAAGCACUCUGUAGAAUGCACAUGGAACCUAGCAGAAGCCCAGCAAAAAUUUGGUAGUUUAGCACUGCAUAAUUCAGAAUCCUGUGAUCAGGAGUCUGCUCAAGCAAGGACUGAAGCUGCUGAGUUGAGAUGGAGAGAGGAAGAGUGGAGAAGAAAAGAAGAAGCACUAAACCAGAGGGAACGACAGAAUCUAUGGAACACAGAUCCUGUUAGUAAAGAAGUUUUUAAUAAGAAUAUCUUAACUGUGUUUCUCUUAUUAGGCAUGCUGAGCAGAUGGGAUGAUAGUCAAAGGUUUUUGUCUGAUCACCCAUACCUUGUAUGUGAAGAAACAUCUAGGUAUCUCAUGUUGUGGUGUUUUCAUCUAGAAGCUGAACAGAAAAGAGCUCUGAUGGAGCAAGUAGCACAUCAAGCAGUUGUAAUGCAGUUUAUUAUAGAAAUUGCCAGAAGCUGCAAUGUGGAUCCAAGAGGAUGUUUUCGUCUCUUUUUCCAAAAAGCCAAAACAGGAGAAGGCUACUUUGAGGCCUUUAAAAAUGAACUUGAGGCAUUCAAGACAAGAGUGAGAAUCUGGUCACAGUCACAUGGCUUCCAAACUAUGUUACUCCAUGAUCUCAAUGUCAAUCCUGGUUGUGUGGGAGAGUGGACAUCUUUUUUACAGAACACAGGAGAUCUACAAGGUUCCAUAAACACAGAUGACUGCAGUUUCAACUCUGUGAUACAAAGAGAUGAAGAAGAAUCCAAAAUGAUGGACACAUUAUAGUGCUUCUAAGACUGAGGCAAAGUACUCUUUUUUUUCUUUUUUUUUUUUUUUUUUUUUUUUUUUCCCAAAGAAGCAAACAUGGCUAUUUUCUUGACACUUAUUUUUCUGGGUACUGCACUUUAUUUUUCGUGUUGGAUUUUUGUUGGUUUUGUUUGAUUUGGGGGGGAGGGACUUUGAAGGGUGGGUAAUUAAGAAAAAAAAAGUAAUAUUGUUUGAAAUGUGCUGCUAGGUUUUUAGUUGUCCUUGAAGAGCAGGGUUCUUAUAUUGCCGAAUGUGAAACUGGAUGUGUUUUCUGCUACUAACCUUGCCUUUCAUGACUUUAGAAAUUAAACAUCUGCACAAAUACAAUGUUUACAAGAAGCAGCAGAUUCAUGGUAGAAUCUGCUAUUGUCUUACUACAGAUGUGGAUAUGUUUUACUCUGAAUAUUGGAGAUUGCAACUGUAUUCAUGCUACUUUGCUGACAGUAUAAGCUCUCAAAUUUGGUUAUCACUAAUAGCAAUAAAUCAGUAUCUGGUAUCAGUAUUUCUGAUCUGAAUGGAUUAGAUUAAAACACUGGCUUUCUACCUCUACUAAGGGGAUCUAAAUGUUAUAUUGUACUUUCAUUAAACAUAACUUGGUUUAAUCCUAAAACAUAAGCAACACUUGUCUACAAAUGAGUGCUGGUUUGUAUGAUUUCUGGGAGUCUGAUUCUCUUCUUGUUCAUCAGGCUAACUUCAGAUUAUUUUUUUAAAACCAAGUCUUGUUAUGGUUAAAGUAAUUGAGGAAGGGAAUUUAUACAAGGCUUAGGCUAAGACCUCAGUUUAAACAAAAAGCUUUGUUAUAAGUCAUCUAGGAUGAGGUGUCAUACAUUGUUUGAAAGUUACUUUAUAUGCUACUCAACCAAAGCGGGUUUCUGACAUUGUCAACUCAAACAUUAAGUGGAAAAGCAUUAAAAACCUCUUGUUUAA